AUGUUGGUCUUCUAUGUUGCAAUAUACGUUUGCCGUUGCUGUGCUGUUGGUGGUGUUGAUGAUGAUGGAGAUGAUGAUUUCUAUUACUUUGCUGGUACUGAUCCUGCAUUGCUGCUGACAAACUGCAGUACGGAUGCUGGGAGAGCUCUUUUCAGUCAGGUUCACAGAACUCAGUCUUUUCCAACUGUAAUGGAGAAAAGUGGAAACGAGUGGCUGGAAUUACUGGAAUCAGGAAGAGUGGAUAAGGUGGAAUCAAGUGGAAUUACUGAGAUUUCGGUGUUUAGUGACUUAGUGUUCGGUUGUUGGCUUUUAGUCAUUUUAGACAGCGUUGGAUAUUUGGAAACUGCUGUAACGAUUUAUCGGCAUCUGAAAUUUUUGGGGGAUAGUGAUGGUAGUGGUAAUGGUUGUGACAGUGGUGAUAAGAAAGUGAAGGGGUUUGGGAAGGCACUGGCAUUGCUUUCUUUUCCGAAAUAA